AUGCUCCGAGUGGCUGGCUCUAACAUUGUCGACGCCGAUAAUGAACCCAUCAUACUCAAGGGCUCUGCUCUCGGGGGACAGCUAAAUAUGGAAAACUUCAUCACGGGAUAUAGUGGAUGCGAGCACGAGCAUAGAACUGCCAUGGCGGAGGUACUUGGCAAGGAGAAGGCACAGUACUUCUUCGACAGAUUCAUCUACCAUUUCUUCACCGAUGCCGACGCCGCUUAUUUCGCUUCGCUGGGCCUAAACUGUAUCAGGGUGCCAUUCAACUACCGCCACUUCAUCGAUGAUGAUAACCCAUCGGUCAUAAAACAGUCCGGCUUCGACCUUCUCGAUAACAUCGUCGACAUAUGCCAGAGACACAACCUUUAUGUCAUCCUGGACCUUCACACAGCGCCCGGCGGUCAAAACCAAGACUGGCACUCGGACAGUGGCUUGAGUAAAGCCUUGUUCUGGGACUUCAGAGUCUUCCAAGAUCAAAUGAUUGACCUCUGGACAGCCAUUGCAAAGCACUACAAGGGCAAUCGAGUGAUUGCGGGCUACAACCCCCUAAACGAGCCGGCCGAUCCCGAGCAUGUCAGGCUAAUCGCAUGGUACGAGAGAGUUGAGAAAGCCAUUCGGGCUGUGGAUCCUGACCAUAUCCUCUUCAUUGAUGGAAACACAUACGCUAUGGACUUCAGCCACUUCGACAGCGUCUUGCCUAAUUCUGUAUAUGCUUGCCACGAUUAUGCGAUGCUCGGAUUUCCUAUCCCGGGACAAGCACCAUACACAGGGACGCACGAUCAGAACAAUAGACUACUGAGACAAUUCGAACGCAAGGCCGAGUUCACAAAGAAGCAUAACGUGCCUCUCUGGAAUGGUGAAUUUGGGCCUGUCUACGCUGAUCCCAUCGCGGACAAAGAUGCGCAGACGAUCAACAAGGCUCGCUUCGGUGUUCUAAAAGAGCAGCUCUCAAUCUAUGCCAACACGAACACCUCUUGGUCUAUCUGGUUGUACAAAGACGUUGGGUACCAAGGGAUGGUCCAUCUCUCCCGCGACUCACCCUAUAUGCGUCUCGUCGCCCCCUUCAUUGCCAAGAAGCAGCGUCUCGGGCUGGACUUUUGGGGCGUGGUUGACAAAUCGGGUGUAGCAGACACAUACGAGCCCUUCAUUGACGAUCUCCGAGAGAUGGUGCCUGCUCAUAUUCGCGAUGCAAAGUACCCGAAUGUGUGGUCAUUUGACCGUCAAUUUGAGCGAGUGAUUAGAGAAUGCUUGUUGUCAGAGUAUCUUGGGAAGGAGUUCGCGGAACUAUUCACGGGCAAGACUUUCGAGGAGCUGGAUGAGCUUGCUGCAAGCUUCAGGUUCGAAAACUGCGUACCGAGAGAAGAGUUGAAUGAGAUCUUGCGCGCUGAUGCUGUUGGCAAAGGAGGAAGUGCUCAAGCGUAA